UUUCACGGCGCUUUCCUCAAGGGUCGGGCGAUGCACAAGUACCGAUAACCAACACUUGGUAGGAUUUUACCAUCCAAAAUAAGCAUUGUUUCGAUCGAAAAUAACAUAUGUUCAUGGAACCCUAACAUUUGCCUAGAGCUGAAUGUAAAUGGGUGACUGUUUGGAUGGAUAACCCGGUGCUAUUUUACUGUGUUUUCAUCGCUGUGAAUGACCGCAAGCUAACGUGCUAAUUUUCAUCUGUUGAGGAUCAGUGAACACACUGAGGAUACAUAUCAAUAACAUAUAUACAACUCAUAUGAGUCAUAUUAUAAAAUUUACUAGUCAGAGAGACUGGUAACUACCGAUUUCUUAUGUUUAGGUAAUGGUAGAGAGCAUUAAAAAGGAGCGAGAGCGACUGUCUGUCAUCAAUGUGCAGAUAUUCAUCUCGCCUGGUGUUGUUUUGGUGUAACGUUUCGGUCAAUUGUUAGUGUAUGAUGGCUCCACAGAAAUACUCUGCUCAGGUGAUGAACUGUAAAGCCAAUAGCACCGUGUACCCGUCCUCUGGCGUGAACUCACUCAAGAAGCCCAAGAUGGAGCAGCUGCAGGCCGACCAUGAGCUCUUCCUGCAGGCCUUUGAGAAACCUACUCAGAUUUACAGAUUCCUGCGGACAAGGAACCUAAUAGCUCCAAUAUUACUGCACAGGACCCUCGCCUUCAUGUCUCAUAGAAACUCACGAACAAAUGAUAAAAGCAAAGCGUUUAAAGUGGAUGACAUGCUGUCCAGAGUGGAGAGGAUGAAAGGGGAGCAUGAGUCUCAGAGUUUGGCUUCACAUAUGCAACUGACAUUCACUGGUUUUUUUCACAAGAAUGAUAAGCCAUGUCAAAACUCAGAAAAUGAACAAAAUUCAGUUGCGCUUGAGGUGCUACUUGUCAAAGUCUGCCAUAAAAAGCGCAAGGAUGUCAGCUGCCCUAUAAAGCAAGUGCCUACGGGGAAAAAGCAGGUGCCUUUGAACCCGGAUCUCGGCCAAACCAAGCCUGGUGCCUUCCCUUCCCUUCUGGUGUCCAGCAAUGAGUUUGAACCCAGUAACAGUCAUAUGGUCAAAUCCUAUUCUCUGCUCUUCAGGGUGUCUCGCACAGGCAAAAGAGACCCCAACGGCUUCAUCAACUGUGAGGCGGAUGAGAAUAUCGAUGUAAAAGAGGAGCUUCCAUCCAGAAAAAAGAGAAACUCUUCCCACAGAGGCGAUGGAGACGCCACAGAAACAUUUGUUGCACAGAUGACCGUCUUCGAUAAAAACAGACGGUUGCAGCUGCUGGAUGGGGAAUAUGAGGUGUCCAUGCAACAGAUUGAGGACUGUCCAGUCAGCAAGAAGAGGGCCACAUGGGAGACCAUUCUGGAUGGAAAGAGGUUGCCCCCAUUUGAGACCUUCUCCCAGGGACCCACUCUGCAGUUCACUCUUCGCUGGACAGGUGACCCUAGUGACCCCUCAACAGCCCCUGUGGCCAAACCUCUAUCCACCCGCAAUUCUGACACCAGCACCACAGAGAGCAGACCCAGCACACUCCGAACUGCUCCUGUGGGUAAGGGAGCAAACCAACAUCUGAUCUUGGAUAAGUUUGCGGUGAAGGAUUCAGUGAGCACCAGCAUACAGACCAGGAGAGAGCACUCCCCCUGCGAACCCAGACAGAAACUACGCAUCUUUUACCAGUUUCUAUACAACAAUAACACCCGUCAGCAGACAGAGGCCAGAGAUGACCUGCACUGUCCUUGGUGCACACUCAACUGCCGUAAACUCUACAGCCUGUUGAAACACCUCAAACUCUCUCACAGUAGAUUCAUCUUCAGCUACGUGCCUCACCCUAAAGGUGCUCGGAUAGAUGUGUCUAUAAAUGAGUGCUAUGAUGGCUCGUAUGUCGGCAAUCCACAAGACAUCCACAGCCAGCCUGGCUUUGCCUUUAGCCGCAACGGCCCUGUGAAGAGGACUGCUGUGACCCACAUACUCGUCUGCCGGCCAAAGCGAACCAAGCCGAGUUUGUCUGAGUUUUUGGAGUCAGAGGACGGUGAGCCUGAGCAACAGCGGACCUAUGUUAGCGGACACAACCGUCUGUAUUUCCACAGUGACAGCUGUAUGCCCCUCCGCCCACAGGAGAUGGAGGUGGACAGUGAGGAUGAGAGGGACCCUGAAUGGCUGAAAGAAAAGACCAUCACGCAAAUUGAAGAAUUCACAGAUGUGAAUGAGGGAGAGAAAGAAGUAAUGAAGUUGUGGAACCUUCACGUUAUGAAGAAUGGAUUCAUUGCCGAUAAUCAGAUGACUCAGGCGAGCAUGCUGUUUGUGGAGAACUUCGGGCCACACAUAAUUCGAAGGAAUCUGUGUCGGAACUUUCUCCUUCACCUGGUUAACCUACACGACUUUAACCUGGUCACCAUAGCAACCAUUGACCGGGCCGUGGUCCGUAUGAAGGAGAUAGAGGAAUCACUUCCUGAACUAGAGGAGGGACAGGAAGAGUCUGGUGCCACCUGCAAUGGCCACGCUGUAUCCUCGGGUGUUUCACUACAUGGCAAGCGUACCAAAAGUGGAGUCGCAGACUGACAACAGCCUGUUUACAAGAAUAAUUAUGAACAGAAUGAGCAAGGUCCAGAUUGAACUCAAAUUGUCCAUAAUUCUCCCUUGGAAUCAUUCAGUUGGUUUGAGUUCUAGAACUCGAUCUGUGUUUUAGAACUCUCAGCCAGCUGUGCUGUUAUGGCUUAGAACAUGUGUUCUAUUUCUGAUCUGGUCAAUAUGCCAAUUUAAUAAUGAGAAGCCUGUUAGAGACUCAAUAGUCAGUUAGCCGCUGGUUUUAUGGGCAAACACAAGUGUUAUUAACUAAAUUGAUGCAAUUUUUCGACACAUUUGCCAGUGCAGUGUCCAUCAUACCCAUCAACCAUAAUGUCAGCAGUCAAGUAAAAUCUAUACUUUAGUUUCUUGAGAGCCCAUUAUGCGAAGAAGUGAGUUACUGUAGACUUGAGAAUACUGUUAGUCGGAAUUAUAUGUAUACAUUUUAUGAUUUUUUUAAAGCACUGUGCGAUCAGUGAUCUUUUAGCACAUGUUAAUACUUGUUCAGUGGCUAAAAACUCAGAAUUGUGGACAUAUGGACACUGCUAAGUUGUGAUAUUCAGGUGUCUCAUGUUUGAUUUAUAAGCUAAACAGCUUUGCAUUUUUUUUUAUUUUUUUUUUAUAUAAAUACAGAUACCCCUUUAUCUGUUUUAAUUGGACUAAUGAAUAGAAAAUAUUGCAAUGGAUUUGUCAACAGUUCCAUGUUACAUACAUGGGGAGUUUUAAAUGCUUCCAUUUAUAGCGACCUCUUGUUUGUGUAUAUUUUUCAUCCCAGUUCUCUUGUUCAUUAACUAUGAAUAUGAUGCACACUUAUGAAAUGAGAUCUGUUUGUGCUUUGGAAAAGAAAGAUAUUGAAAUCUACAAGUCCUCAUUUCAUUAGAGAUCUUUGUAAAUCAACCUCGUUUGUGUCAUUUAGAAUGCUUCAGAUAAAUAAGAGGUUCUGGAAUUGUUUUCAUACCUGGACAGGUGAUGUCAACAGAUGUUGCUACUUGAUAUGUGAUUAUGUAAUAAUUUGUGGCUAUUAUAAGGUUCAGACGUCAUACAUGCCAAAGUAUUUCAGAUGCAGCAAACCUUGUCUUUCCCAGAACAGUUUGUUCCUUCAGCAAAAUGCACAAGUUUGGUGUAUACAAGAAAACUAUUUACAAAUUAAAGAUGUGUAAAUGCGAAGUCA